UUACAUGAGAUCAUGAUUGCCAUUUUUGUGUCAUAAAAAAGGAAUUCAAAGUCAUCUUUCCUUUCUCAAUUCUCUCUUUUCCUUUCUCAUAAUUUAGAGAGAGAAAAUAAAAAAGAAAGAGAAGAUUCUGAUCUGAUUCAAAAGACUAGAAAAGCAUUUUUCCCUUUUUCGAUAUUCGUUCCAUCCCCAAUUUUCCGUUCUAUUUUUCUCCAUUCCAAAGUGAAGUUCUUGUUAUUCAUCAUUUUCAUGGAUCUACUUUAGUUUCUCUCUCUACAUUGAAGCUCCUCUGAACAAAAAUGGCUACCCAUUCAAAAGGACAAGCAUGGUUUUGCACUACUGGAUUGCCAAGCGAUGUUGUAAUCGAAGUUCAAGACAUGACCUUUCAUCUUCACAAAUUUCCUCUGAUGUCGAAAAGUAGUAAGCUUAACGAGCUGAUAACAGAGCAAGAGACAAACCCUACCAGAAGAGUCCAAACAAUCUCUGCUGCUACUGAAGAUGAGAAGGAAGAGAUUGAAGAAGAAGAAGUGGACGAGGAGGACCAGUACUGUCUCAUCACUCUCCCGGAAUUCCCGGGCGGCUCUGAGACUUUCGAGACCGCCGCGAAGUUCUGCUACGGCGUCAAGAUCGAUCUCUCGCCGUCCAACGUCGCGCCUCUCCGCUGCGCCGGAGAGGUUCUGGAGAUGACCGAAGAGUACUCCGAGGACAAUCUCAUCUCGCGAACCGAGAGGUUUCUCUCUCAAUCGGUCCUCAAAUGCGUCAAAGACUCGAUCCGAACCUUGAAAUCGUGCGAGCAAUUGGUGCCUCUGGCGGAGACUCUCGGCAUUGUUCAGAGAUGCAUUGAUUCGGUCGCAGCUAGGGCUUCUUCAACCGAUCCGUCGUUGUUCGGAUGGCCGGUGAACGAAAAAGCUAGAAACGAAUGGAGUUCCUCCGAUCAGGCGUCGUUGAUUCAAACCGCCGGUCGCCGAAAAGGUAAAACCACCGCGAGAGCCGCCGGAGCAGAGUCGUGGUUUGAAGAACUCGGCCUUCUGAGUCUACCUCUAUUCAAGCGUUUGAUUUUCGCCAUGAAAGCUCGAGAUCUGAGUCCCGAAAUCAUCGAGAGCUGUCUCAUUCACUACGCGAAGAAAUACAUGCCAGGGAUAUCUCGAUCCAGUAGAAAACCUUCUUCAUCGUCAAUUCCUUCAGAAAACGACCAGAGAGAGCUAUUAGAGACUGUAAUUGCAAACCUACCAUCCGGAAAGAGCUCAAUUUCUUCAACAGCGACGAGAAUUCUCUUCGGAUUGUUGAGAACUGCGAACAUAUUGAAUGCUUCGGAGACUUGCCGAUCUGCUCUGGAGAGGAAGAUCGGAUCGCAACUCGAACAAGCAACACUCGAUGAUCUUCUGAUACCGAGCUAUUCGUAUCUGAACGAAACACUCUACGAUGUGGACUGCGUUGAGAGGAUCUUAGGUUACUUUCUGGAUGGAUUGGAAGAGAGAUCUGGAACUAUCAUCGAAGGUGAUCAAGAUGAGAACAACAAUGGCGUCAGAUCAGCGUCGUUGAUGCUUGUGGGAAAAUUGAUCGACGGUUUUCUAUCGGAGAUCGCUUCCGAUGCUAAUUUGAAGCCGGAAAAGUUCUACGAGCUCGCCGUUGCUCUGCCGGAUCACGCCAGACUCUUCGACGACGGUCUGUACAGAGCAGUUGACCUUUAUCUCAAGGCUCAUCCAUCGAUACAAGAGUUGGAGAGAGAGAAGAUCUGUGGAGUGAUGGAUUGCCAGAAGCUCACGUUAGAGGCGUGCACUCACGCAGCUCAAAACGAGCGGCUUCCACUGAGAGCGGUGGUUCAGGUUCUCUUCGUCGAGCAGCUCCAGCUCCGCCACGCGAUAGCCGGAACACUCCUCGCCGCCGAGGCUCCACCGGCGGACCACCGCCGGACAUCGAAUAUACAACGAGAAGAACAAGAGGAAGAGGACGAAGUGGAAGGGGAUGGGGAAGGGGAUGGAGCUCUUCCUCCACCCCGCGCGCAAGAUAGCAGCGGCGGCACGUGGAGGGCUGCAGCGAGGAAUAAUCAGGUGCUGCGACUGGACAUGGAUAGCAUGAGGUCGCGGGUCCAUCAACUGGAACGUGAAUGUUCCACGAUGAAGAAGGCGAUUGAGAAGAUGGAUAAGACGGGCCCACCUGGAGGUGGGGGAUGGAGGGGUUCCUUGACCAAGAAAUUUGGGUGCAAGUUCAAGACGCAAGUGUGUGAUUCUCAUGAAUCAACAGUCGUGCAAACCAGAAGAGGACGAAAUCAUCAUCAACAUCAAUAGACUCCAUAUGUAUACUUGCAUUAUUUUCACGAUUCAAUUCUUGCUGUUGAUUGAUGAUUUCCUUUACUUCUAUUUACAAUUUUUUAUUA